AUGCCUGUGAGAGAACUUGACCACCUACAAGCUGUGAACGUGGCGAGGAUGGUGUAUCCCCAGCCGGAGCUGCUCCUGGCCUCUAAGAUAGAUGUCCUUGUUGUCACCCCUUGGUUGGCUCCCAUUGUGUGGGAGGGAACCUUCAACAUCGACAUACUCGAUGAGCAGUUCUGGCUUGAGAAUGCCACCAUUGGAUUAACUGUGUUUGCCCUUGAAGAGUAUAUGCAUUUCCUGAAACUGUUCCUAGAGACCGCAGAGGCACACUUCAUGGUGGGGCACAGGCUGAAGUACUACAUCUUCACGAACCAACCGGAUCACGUGCCACUCAUUAAGCCCCGUGAGGGAAGGCAGAUGGUCAUCCUUGAGGCCCAGAGCUAUGCCUGCCACAUGGAAGUGAUCAGCAACUUUUCCCAGCAGCGCUUCCUCAGGGAGGUGGAUUACCUGGUGUGCUCAGAUGUGGAUGUGAAGUUCAAUGACCACGUGGGUGUGGAGAUCCUCUCGUCCCUCUUUGGGACCCUCCAUCCUGGCUACCUCGGGUUGCAGCGGGAAAGCUUUGCAUAUGAACGCCGGCCUCAGUCACAGGCCUACAUUCCUGAGGACGAGGGGGACUUUUACUACACGGGAGCCUUAUUUGGGGGGUCAGUGCUAGAGGUUUACAGGCUGGCCAAGGCCUGUCACCAGGCGAUGAUGAUUGACCAAGCCAAUGACAUCAAGGCCAGGUGGCAUGACGAGAGUUACUUGAACAAGUACCUGCUUCACCGCAAACCCACCAAGGUCCUCUCUCCUGAGUACAUGUGGGAUAAGCAGCUGCUGACCUUGCUUGUGGAUGAGGAGAGAAUGAUUGAGGAUCUGUGGAUGCUCCGAAUCACCAAGCAACUGGCAACAAAUGAUGGGUAUGUCCAGGAAGAGCUUGAAGAAGAGCUAUGGACGCAUGAGGCUGAUUCUAGCAAAGCACUGCAGCUCAGCUCUGCCUGGCAGGACGUCACGGAUGAUGGACACGUGACACACGUGACCACUGAGAGUGUGGGGGCUGGAGUCAGGUGGAACCAGAGCAAGCCAGUUUAUCUUUCUGAGACUGUUUCCUCGUCCGUGAAAUGA